AUGAUACACCAGCACAGGAGCAGGGAGUUUUUCACUGUCCAGGACACGUUUAUCAAAUGGCUGGCUGAGCUGCAGUACAAUCUUAACCAGGAGGACCACUCCUCGACCGUGAGGUCACCAUCUUCAGGCGCGUCCCCGUCACCAGAGGAUUGGAAAACGGUGUAUCUGGAGUUACUCAAUUUGGGACUAAUCGAGCCUUCAGGUCCACUUGUUACGGCGAACCCGAGAGAACUCUCUUCGAAUAAAAACGGAGGACGUGGUAGUCAUAGUGAUAGUUGUACCAAUCAUGGACAUGGGGGGCAUGGAGGUCCUCGAGGUCCUGCCUCCAAUCCAGCUAAGGUCAGAGCCCGUGUGGGCAUGUGUGUGGUUCGCAACGACCGAGACUGGCAGUAUGGAAAUUUGGACGGGAGACCAGGAUUGCCUGGACGGAUUGUGGAUAUUCAAGGACUCUACGCACGGGUCCAGUGGAUGGAGGAACAGGUAGUUCACGCUGAUGCUAGUGGCGUUGCAGAUGAACUACAGGAGGAGGACUAUGGUACGGUUACAACAAGUGAACAUCAAAUGAAUAGCGGAAAAAGUUUUGCUGGGGGUGCUGGAAAAGCUGCAAGUAGUGGAAGUAGUGCGAC